AUGGUUUCACGUGUGCGGAAGCCCGGCUCAAGUGGUUUUCGCUUCUCUGAAAGUCUAUCGUCACCUCUCCGACCCUAUCUCCACCCAACUGCCAGAUACACAUACGCACCGGGGUGCUUCUGUGAGAGAAAAGUGCCGUCAAUUCUGCAUUGCAUCUUCGCCUCGCAUUUGCUGGAGAUUUGGCCUACCGAAGCAUACCGCCCGACGAUCCGCCCACCUUUGGUCUACAGCGCCUUUGUCAUUGGGCAAGUUGUCGAGCAGAAGCUGGGUCUCGAAGUUUCUGCGAUACCGUUUGAAAAAGUGGAUUAA